CAGGAAAGGAAGGAAAAGAAAGGGGCAGUUGGAGAGCUCCCAAUCCGGCCGCUGCAGCAAAGGCGGCGCAGCGGAGCCGGAGGAGGAGCUGCAUCGGGCUGACGUGCAAAAGGGCCGCGGAGGCGGUGCAGCCCUGCACUCUUGCAACGCGCCUGGCGUGCAUUUGCUGCGACGUGGGGGGAGGGGAGAAGGGGAGGGGGCCGGGCCGAGCCUGCAGCGCAGGGCGAUCCUCUCCGGAGCGAGCGCAAAGCGGCUCCCCUUCCCCCGCCGGGCGCACCUCGCCAAGCGCAAAGGCGCACGGAGCCGAGCCGGCCCAAAGCGCAUGGCCACGCCGGGAGCCGCGGCGUCCGGAGGUCCGCGGGCAGCCCUGGAAGACCCCGGCCCGCCGCCCCAGCCGCCCCCCGGCGGAGCCCAACCGGCGGGGAACCCCCAGGGCCCCGGAGAGCCGCUGCCCACGGCCCCCGCGCCCCAACCCUGCGCGGCGCCCGAGCCCAAGUUCCUGCCGCCCCAAGCGCAGCCCGCGCCCCCCGCCGCCCCGCCCGGCCCGGGCCUGGAGGACUAUUCGUUCCUGCCCCUGGUGCGCGACAUUAUCAAAUGCAUGAAUAAAGACAGCCAGGAGGUCCACCAAUUGCUGAACGAGCUGAGGACUAAAUUUGUGGAGACCCACAAGCUGAUCAAAAGCAUGCAAGGUAUCGGCCUGAGCCCUGAACAGCAGCAGCAGCAGCUGCAGAAUCUCCGAGAACAAGUGAAAACAAAGAACAAACUCCUGCAGAAAUAUAAAACUCUGUGCAUGUUUGAAAUCCCUAAGGAGUAAAGGAGAUAUUGUUUGCUCUGCAAACAGGACAAUUGCUCUGAAGCGGCAUUUGCCAGUCGUGGACCCUUUAAGAGGCAUGGACUUCAACUCCCAGAAUUCUGGCCGGGGCUGGGGAAUUCUGGGAGUUGAAGUCCACACCUCUUAAAGGGACCACAUUUGAAAUAGACGGGGCAGCACAGGCUUGAAACCGAACAUCGUGGACAUUCUGGUACGCAAUUUGUGAGCGUAAAAGGAUGUGAUUGUGCAAAACUCACUUUUAUCUGGUGGGAGGGGUUGAUGUCUGUGGACCGGUUUCUGCAACUGGAUGGUAAAGCUAUGUGAGAGUGUACCACUUCAUCAGAAAGGGGGUUUCACUUUGCCUAUUCCUUGAAUUAAAAGCAAGAAAAUCCCAAAAUCGGGGAUGAAUUUUCAGGUUUAGCUUUCUACUUGCUAAUGAGUUGAUUUAUUGUGGUUUUGUUUCCUUGUCUUCCUAGUUACUCUUUUCACCCCUUCAGCCUCCUGUUCGAUACCUCUCCCCUCCCCUCCGCGGGAUGAAGUGGUAUGCUCCAGGUGGAACUGUGCCACCCGGUCUUCGUGUCUUCAGAAUUUUUAAAGGGGAAGGGACCACUUUGCUCAGUGGGAGGGACAGUCUUUGAAUCCCGUUUUUCAGCCCCCCAGGAAAUAAUUUUUCUUACGCCGCGAAGCAGCAAGGGAGAAAAUGGAAGUAACGUUUAAAAUCUUCAUCAACUUUUUUUAAAAAAACCCGCAUGACUUAUGUCUAAAUUUUAUUAAACUUAUAUGAUGUCAAUCAUCCGUUUCCAUGGAAAGUGUCAUUGAUGGAGAAAGUCUUCAUUUAUCCAUGUGUGAAUGUCGUUACGAUUAUUUUUAGGUUGCUUUUUGGGAGCAGCAAACAAUCCUUGCUUCCUUAACAGCUUUGCUAAACAAAAUUUGGGGUGGGGGCAGAGAGAGAGAUGAUGGUGGAUUAUAUUAAUAUUCUGGGGUUGCCUCACCCCUCACCCUGCUGACGUGGCUUGUCAUGUCUUAACAGUCUUGUUUUAUUUUACUUACGUCGUUCUUUGUCGGGUUUACCAGCUGUGUAGCCUUUUCGCUUCAAAAAUAGCUCUAUUUAAGCAUGCGGCGUGGAUGUGUUUGUGUGUUUUUAUCACAAAAUCACUGCAUCGUCUCAACUUUGAUAGGAUGAAAAGAUAGAAAUCUGAUCUCUUGGCUGUUUAAGGCUGAGCCGGGAUUAUUUUAAGCUUCUUGCUCCCCAUUCUUUCAAUCCUGAUCCUUAACCAUGUUGGUUGGUUUUUUUUAAAAAAAUCAUGUUAUUUUUUUCACCUUUGUUUUUCUUCUUUCUUUGUUAUGUGUAAGAAUGUUGAUUCCCCGCCCCCACCUUCCUGGUACCUUAGGACAGUUAUUAUUAAUUAAAGCGACACUGAGUGACGUUAUGGCUUCUGUAAUUAAAGUUAUUUCUAGUCUGUGAAAGUCAAUAAUAAAAUCACUUGCAGUUUCAAAGAA